AUGGACAUUGACGGCGACGACAGCAGGGUAGAGGAUAUCCUCAGCCCAAGAGGCAAGACGCGCCCAGCCCCAUUCGGCGCCUCGAGCAGCACUGGCGCCCCGCGCUCGCUGCGCGACUUUGAGAUCGGCCGCCCACUCGGCAAGGGACAUUUUGGCAAAGUUUACCUCGCAAAGCACAAGGCGCAGGGGUACAUUGUCGCGCUGAAAUGCCUCGACCGCAAGUCUGUCGAGGGCGACGCGGGCGUCGAGCGGCAGGUCAUGCGCGAGAUUGAGAUCAUGUCCGAGUUGAGACACCCAAACAUUAUCCGCCUGUACGACUACUUCUCCGACCAGCAAAACCUGUACCUCAUGCUCGAGUUUGCAGGCCAGGGCGAGCUGUACAAGCAGCUCGCGAAGCGGGGGCGGUUCAGCGAAAGGCGUGCGGCCAAAGGCAGGCCCGCUGACAUGCUGCAGAUCGUCGCGCAGGUCGCAGCUGCCCUCGCCUACCUCCACGCCAAGAACGUCAUCCACCGGGACAUCAAGCCCGAGAACCUACUCAUCGGGCUCGAUGGCGAGGUCAAGGUCGGCGACUUUGGUUGGAGCGUGUACUCCCCCCACGGGGCGCAGCGGACACUGUGCGGCACGCUCAGCUACGUCUCGCCUGAGAUGGUGCUCGGGCAGCCGCACGGUCGUGGCGUGGAUGUCUGGGUAAGAGGACGCCGUCUGACACGCGCUCACGCCGAGGCGCUUGGCGUGCUGGCCUACGAGCUUGUCGUGGGGCGUGAGCCGUUCGAGGCGGAUACGAGGGCAGGGCCGAGACUCGUUCACAUGCGGAUAUGUAAGUGCGACGUCAGGUUUCCGUCCCACGUCUCCCCCGAGGCACAGGACUUUAUAAUGGCGCUGCUCCGCCUCAGGCCGGACGAGCGGAUGCCGCUUGCCAGCGUGCCGGAGCACGCAUGGAUUGUGGGAAAUUUACAGGAGUAGAGUUCAGAGGCGCUGUUGUAUCUUGUUACUGUUG